AAUGGUUCCUUUAUCCAGCUAUUUUUUUUAAGCCAAAGAUUUGGAAAUAUCCUUAACACCUAAUCCAUCUACAUUUUUCUUAUACAAUCAGUCAAGCCCUGUAGAAUCUGUCUUCUGAGUAAUUUUAAUGUAUUUCCAUUUGUCUUUUCAGUAGUGCUGUUACUCUGUUGAAAUAGCCUUUUAACCUGUGUCCCUGUAUUUAAUCAUGCUUGUCUUCAACUUAAACAAUACUGCCAGAGGGACCAUUUUAAAAGGCAGAUUAGGAUAAAGUGUGAAUUCUUCCCAAUGCAUUUUACUGUACUUUUCUAGUCUCUCAUCACUUUUCCUCCUCCCUGCAGUAGUUGCCUCCCUAAACUUUAGCUGUAUCUAACGUCUUUCCAUUUAUACAGUAAGAAAUGCUUUCUUAUUUCCAAGCCAUUUCACAAGCUGUUCAGGCAGCGUUUCAAUUCCCCCUCCCUAUGCAAAAAAGGCGUAAAUCUGGCUAACUCAUUCCUAAAACCUUGGUUUAGAUGUCCCUAUUCAGACUAGAUGAUCUUCCUAUUUGUAGCCUAUCUUGUAAUUGCUUUUUCAGUUGUUACCCACUAGAAUUGUACUACCUCUAGGGGCAGUGACUUCAUGUUGCAUUCCAAACGGCUGGCAAGGUAGGGCCUAGUAAAUACAUGAGGACAAAUGGGACAAAGAAAACCUGUGCUGGAAUCAGAAGAGCUCCAAGGACUAAGCUGUCUGUUGUGGGCAAGGCAAAGAAGACAGCUGCAUUUGGGCUGCCUCCCCUUCUUCACUCCCAGCUUAGAAUCCUCAAAAAGUCAAAUCCAGAUGACUUCUUGGAAGGCCUUGGGGAGGAAUAAGAACCCCUAAGUAUUGGAUGCAAGAAGUGUAGAUGAGAAGUUAAUUUGAAGAAGAUAUAGAGCUGCAGAAACAAAGAUUGAAGACCAACUUACACUUUACCAAUUUUAACCAGAGGCUUAUGCAUCUGGAUGUGACAUUGUAAUACUGGGAAGCGAUUUUGAAAGAUUACAGAUAAUCCCAGGAGCUAAACAUGGAAAUAUUCAAGUGGGAUGUGUAGACUGUUCAAUGCAACAAGGCAAGAUAUCGGUAUUAUCAGAGUGGUUCCUUAAAGUAUCAGGAAGAAAAUUGGCAGGUUCUGGUACCCGGGGACUUUUGACUGUUUGCAUUUAAGAAGGAAAUGUUCUUUGGGAAGCCAAGGCAGGUGGAUCAUGAGAUUGCAGCAUCUUAUGGAAACGUUAUCUCCAUUUUUGAACCAGUUAACCUACCGAAAGAAAAGAAAAAUUUGGAAUUAUAUAGUCAGUGGCAGAAAAGUGGCCAAUUUUUUCUGGAAUCAAUAGCACACAAUAUAACUUGGGAUCCCACAGGCAGUCGUCUUUUAACUGGUUCGAGCUAUUUGCAACUCUGGUCCAAUACGAACUUGGAGAAGCCAACUGAAGAUGAAAAUUUAAAUAAAACAGAUCUUAACUUUGGAGAUUGGAGAUGCAUUUGGCAUUGCAAAACUGCUUCCCAAGUUCAUUUAAUGAAAUUUUCACCAGAUGGAGAAUUUUUUGCCACUGCUGGGAAGGAUGACUGUCUUUUGAAGGUAUGGUAUAAUGUAGAAAACUGGCGGACAGCUGUUACUUCUCCAGAUAGAAGUUCAGAAAAACAAUCCCAAGGAGAAACUGACUUUUCUUUUGUGUAUCUGGCCCAUCCUCGAGCCGUAAAUGGAUUUUCCUGGCGUAAAACAAGCAAAUAUAUGCCUAGGGCUUCUGUAUGUAAUGUACUGUUGACUUGCUGCAAAGAUAAUGUGUGUCGUCUUUGGGUAGAGACAUUUUUACCAAAUGAUUGUUUGCUAUACGGAGGUGACUACAGCCAUUGGACUGGAUCAAUUAAUUUAACAAAUAACUUCAAGAGAAAUGCUUCCAGUAAAGAACGAGUUCAAAAUGCUUUAGAAGUAAAUCUGAGACAUUUUCGAAGAGGUCGGAGGAGAUCACUUGCACUUGUGGCACAUACUGGAUAUCUGCCACAUCAGCAGGAUCCUCAUCAUGUGCACAGGAACACUCCACUGCAUGCCAAUGCACUUUGCCACUUUCAUAUUGCAGCCAGCAUCAAUCCAGCCACAGACAUUCCACUUCUUCCAUCUAUUACAUCUCUGAGUCUAAAUGAAAAUGAAGAGAAGACUGGACCUUUUGUUGUACACUGGCUAAACAAUAAAGAACUGCAUUUUACUUUGUCCAUGGAAGUUUUUUUACAGCAACUUAGAAAAAGUUUUGAACAACCAUCUUCUGAGGCCAGUGUAGAAGAUUCUAAUCAGGCAGAUGUAAAAUCUGAUGAAGAAACGGAUGAUGGUGUUGAUGAUCUGAAAAUAAAUCCUGAAAAGAAGGAAUUAGGCUGUGAUAAAAUGGUACCAAACUCAAGUUUUACGUCAUUAUCAUCAGCUGCCAUUGAUCAUCAGAUUGAAGUACUUCUGUCUGAAUGGAGUAAAAAUGCAGAUAUGCUAUUUAGUAUUCAUCCCAUGGAUGGUUCUUUGCUAGUUUGGCAUGUGGAUUGGCUGGAUGAAUACCAGCCUGGUAUGUUUCGUCAAGUACAGGUGUCCUUUGUUUCCAGAAUUCCAGUAGCUUUCCCCACAGGUGACGCAAACUCUCUCUGUAAAAGCAUAAUGAUGUAUGCCUGUACCAAGAAUGUUGACUUGGCUAUUCAGCAAGGGAAACAAAAACCUUCUGGCCUCACCCGUUCCACAUCAAUGCUUAUUUCUUCCGGUCACAAUAAAUCAUCUAAUAGUUUAAAAUUAAGUAUUUUUACUCCUAAUGUUAUGAUGAUUUCAAAACACGCUGAUGGUUCUCUGAAUCAGUGGCUGGUCAGUUUUGCCGAGGAAUCUGCUUUUUCUACUGUUCUCAGUAUUUCCCACAAAUCCAGAUAUUGUGGUCAUCGUUUUCAUCUUAAUGAUUUAGCUUGCCACUCAGUAUUACCAUUAUUGCUGACAACAUCACACCAUAAUGCAUUAAGGACACCAGAUGUUGAUAACCCAAAGCAACCUUUUGAUGCUCUAAAUAUUGAAGAAUGCUCUUGGACACAACAAAAUAAAAGCACUGUUGAUGUGGCGUUUCAGGAUCCCAAUGCAGUUUACAGUGAGCUUAUUCUUUGGAGGGUUGACCCAGUUGGGCCAUUGUCUUUUUCUGGAGGAGUUUCAGAGCUUGCCCGGAUUAAUUCUCUUCAUGUUUCUGCCUUUUCCAAUGUGGCAUGGCUGCCCACUCUUAUACCCAGUUAUUGUCUCGGUGCAUACUGCAACUCUCCUAGUGCAUGCUUUGUAGCCAGUGAUGGACAAUAUCUGAGAUUAUAUGAAGCAGUUAUUGAUGCUAAGAAACUUUUAUCUGAGCUUUCUAACCCUGAAAUUUCUAAAUAUGUUGGUGAAGUCUUUAACAUCGUCAGUCAACAAUCAACAGCCAGGCCAGGAUGCAUUAUUGCAUUAGAUCCCAUUACCAAACUUCAUGGGAGAAAAACCCAACUGCUUCAUGUUUUUCAAGAAGACUUCAUUUUGAAUAACCUUGAGAAGAAAAGCCUUGGCAAAGACAACAUUUCAUCUAAUGCAGGCAGCUCACCUAAUGGAUUUUCUGAGAAGUUCUACCUAAUUGUCAUAGAAUGCACUCAAGACAACCGUUCACUAUUACACAUGUGGAAUUUACAUCUAAAAUCAAUUCCUGUCUCAUUAGAUGAAAAAGUAGAUACAAAAUUAUCUGAAGCAGUUUGGCAGCCAGAAGAACAUUAUUCUUCUUCUCCAGAGAAGAUCCUAUCUCCUUUUUCACAAAAGUAUCAGGCUUGCAGAGCAAAUCUCCAGAGUACCAGCAAGUUGACUUUGUUUUCAGAAAUGGUUUAUAGCCAAGAAUUGCAUUUGCCAGAAGGAGUUGAGAUAAUAAGUAUUAAGCCAUCAGCAGGACAUCUGAGUUCAUCUUCUAUAUAUCCUGCGUGCAGUGCUCCUUAUUUAUUGGCAACUUCAUGUUCAGAUGAGAAAGUAAGAUUCUGGAGAUGCAGAGUAACAGAUGGACAAUCUGCCACAUCAAAGAAUGGAAAAAUUGAUCUUGCAUACGUUUGGGAAGAAUGGCCAUUACUUAUUGAAGAUGGACUUCAGAGCAAUAGUAGUAUAACUGUACCUGGUAGGCCUAUAGAAGUUAGCUGUGCACAUACAAAUCGUUUAGCAGUAGCUUAUAAGCAGCCUGCAUCUAAUAGUAGAUCUUCCCAGGACUUUGUGAUGCAUGUAAGUAUUUUCGAAUGUGAGUCAACAGGAGGUUCAUGUUGGGUCCUUGAACAGACAAUUCAUUUAGAUGAGUUAAGCACAGUAUUGGAUUCUGGCAUUAGUGUUGACAGUAAUUUAGUGGCCUAUAAUAAACAAGAGAUAUAUUUAUCUAGUAAAGAGAAUAUCACAUCAAACACAAAGCAUUUAGUUCACUUAGAUUGGAUGUCUAGAGAAGAUGGUUCUCAUAUCCUGACUGUAGGAAUUGGAUCAAAACUUUUUAUGUAUGGACCCCUGGCUGGCAAGGUACAAGACCAGACUGCUAAGGAAAGCCUGGCGUUUCCUCUCUGGGAGAGUACUAAAGUUGUGCCCCUUUCUAAAUUUGUACUAUUACGAAGUGUGGACCUGGUUUCUUCUGUAGAUGGCUCCCCACCUUUUCCUGUUUCUUUAUCGUGGGUCCGGGAUGGCAUCCUUGUGGUAGGAAUGGACUGUGAAAUGCAUGUGUAUUCCCAAUGGCAGCCAUCUUCUAAACAAGAACCUGUUAUAACAGAUUCGUACAGUGGGAGCACUCCAUCUAUAACAAGUUUAAUGAAACAGAGUAACUCCAGUUCUGGGUUACAUCCUCCAAAGAAAACUCUGACUCGAUCCAUGACCAGUCUUGCACAGAAAAUCUGUGGAAAGAAAACUGCAUUCGAUCCUUCAGUGGAUAUGGAAGAUUCAGGUCUUUUUGAAGCAGCUCAUGUACUUUCCCCGACUCUACCUCAGUAUCAUCCCUUGCAGCUUUUGGAACUCAUGGAUCUUGGUAAAGUUCGGAGAGCCAAGGCCAUAUUGUCCCAUCUUGUUAAGUGCAUUGCUGGGGAAGUUGUGGCUUUGAAUGAAGCUGAAUCUAAUCAUGAACGCCGCCUUAGGUCUCUCACAAUCAGUGCUAGUGGAAGCACUACCAGAGACCCCCAGGCAUUCAACAAGACUGAAAAUACAGAUUACACAGAAAUAGAUUCUGUUCCUCCACUUCCUUUAUAUGCUUUACUUGCAGCAGAUGAUGAUAGCUGUUACUCAUCUUUGGAGAAAUCUGGUAAUGAGAGUACCUUAAGUAAAUCAAACCAGUUAUCAAAAGAAAGUUAUGAUGAGCUUUUUCAGACUCAACCUGUAAUGACUGAUACUCAUAUGUUAGAGACAGAUGAAGAAAAUACAAAGCCUAGAGUUAUUGACCUUUCACAAUACAGUCCAACUUACUUUGGACCUGAGCAUGCUCAGGUUCUUUCUGGCCACUUACUUCAUUCUAGUUUACCAGGACUCAGCCGGAUGGAACAGAUGUCUUUGAUGGCCUUAGCAGAUACAAUUGCAACAACAAGCACUGAUAUUGGAGAAAGCCGAGACAGAAGCCAAGGUGGAGAAACUCUUGAUGAAUGUGGACUAAAAUUUCUUUUGGCUGUUCGACUCCAUACCUUUCUUACAACUUCCCUUCCAGCCUAUCGAGCUCAACUCCUUCACCAAGGCCUGUCUACAAGUCAUUUUGCUUGGGCAUUUCACUCAGUAGCAGAAGAAGAACUGCUGAACAUGUUGCCAGCCAUGCAGAAAGAUGAUCCCACUUGGUCUGAAUUAAGAGCUAUGGGUGUGGGGUGGUGGGUCCGGAAUACUCGCAUCUUACGCAAAUGCAUAGAAAAAGUAGCUAAAGCAGCCUUUUAUAGAAAGAAUGAUCCCUUAGAUGCUGCCAUUUUUUACCUUGCAAUGAAAAAGAAAGCUGUGAUUUGGGGAUUAUAUAGAGCUGAAAAAAAUACCAGGAUGACACAGUUUUUUGGACACAAUUUUGAGGAUGAAAGGUGGCGUAAAGCAGCUUUAAAGAAUGCUUUUUCUUUGCUAGGCAAGCAAAGAUUUGAACAUUCUGCAGCAUUUUUUCUUUUAGCUGGUUGCCUCAGAGAUGCAAUUGAGGUGUGUCUUGAGAAAUUGAAUGACAUUCAGUUGGCUCUUGUAAUAGCAAGACUCUAUGAGUCUGAAUUUGAUACAUCUGCAACAUAUAAAUCUAUUUUACAUAAAAAAGUUUUGGGAAUCGAUUCUCCUGUCAGCGAACGGUGUUCAUUGAACAUAAAUAUGCAUCAUGAUCCUUUUCUUCGGAGCAUGGCAUAUUGGAUUUUGGAAGAUUAUAGUGGUGCUCUGGAAACAUUAAUAAAGCAACCUAUCAGAGAGAAUGAUGAUCAAGUUUUAUCAGCCUGUAAUCCUACAGUUUUUAAUUUCUACAAUUAUCUAAGAACACAUCCUCUUUUGCUGAGACGUCAUUUUGGAUCAUCUGAUACAUUUUCCACACAUAUGAGUCUAACAGGAAAAAGUGGACUGGCAGGAACAAUUAAUUUAAGUGAAAGACGUUUAUUUUUUACUACUGCCAGUGCUCAUUUAAAAGCUGGCUGCCCGAUGUUGGCUUUGGAAGUAUUAUCAAAGAUGCCUAAAGUCAUCAAGAAAACAAGACCUUUUUGUAGAGCUUCUAGUUUUCUGGAUACUAGUAAAGACAGUUCUCCUUCUUCUCCAUUAAAGUUGGAUGCAAGGGAAGAUAAGUCUUCUGCCAUUGAUUGGUCACAGUCACUGAUAAAUGGUUUUGGAUCUUCUUCAGAGGGUUCCUCAGAGAAGCAAUCAAACUCUACUCUUUCUUUUGACUGGAGCCAACCAAGUGUUGUAUUUCAGGAUGACUCUUUAGAGUUAAAAUGGGAUAGUGAUAAUGAUGAAGAAAAUGAGGAUGUCCCUAUUUCAAUGAAAGAACUAAAACCUUUACAGAGAAAAACAGAUAAAAAGUUAGAUGAUGUAAGUUCUAACUACACAGAAUCUUUCAGCACACUAGAUGAAAAUGACCUUAUAAAUCCAUCAGAAGAUAUAAUUGCAGUUCAAUUAAAAUUUAGAGCAUGUUUAAAGAUUCUCACAGUAGAACUUCGUACUUUAUCUACCGGCUAUGAAAUAGAUGGUGGAAAAUUGCGUUACCAACUAUACCACUGGCUUGAAAAAGAGGUGAUAGCUCUUCAGAGGACUUGUGACUUUUGCUCAGAUGCUGAAGAACUACAGUCUGCAUUUGGCAGAAAUGAAGGUGAAUUUGGAUUAAAUGAGGAUGCUGAAGAUUUGCCUCAUCAAAUGAAAGUGAAACAACUGAGAGAAAAUUUUCAGGAAAAAAGACAGUGGCUCUUGAAGUAUCAGUCACUUUUGAGAAUGUUUCUUAGUUACUGCAUACUUCAUGGAUCCCAUGGUGGGGGUCUUGCAUCUGUAAGAAUGGAAUUGAUUUUGCUUUUGCAAGAAUCUCAGCAGGAAACGUCAGAACCGCUAUUUUCUAGCCCUCUGUCAGAGCAAACCUCAGUGCCUCUCCUCUUUGCUUGUACAGCCAAUGCCAAAACAGUAGUUGCCAAUCCAUUACUGCACCUUAGUAAUCUAACACAUGAUAUUCUCCAUGCCAUAAUAAACUUUGAUUCACCACCCCACCCUGAUAUCCAAAGCAAUAAAGUAUAUGUAAUGCAUACUUUAGCAGCCUCACUUUCUGCUUGUAUUUAUCAGUGCCUUUGUGGUAGUCAUAACUACAGUUCAUUUCAAACAAAUCAGUUUACUGGAAUGGUAUAUCAGACGGUACUGCUUCCUCAUCGACAUUCUUUGAAAACAGGAAGCUUAGAUGAAGCAAUAACUCCCAAUACAUCACCAGCUCAGUGGCCAGGAAUAACUUGUCUAAUUCGACUUUUGAAUUCUUCUGGCGAGGAAGCCCAGUCAGGGCUUACAGUCUUGCUCUGUGAAAUUCUUACAGCAGUGUAUCUUAGUCUCUUCAUCCAUGGCCUGGCCACACAUUCAAGUAAUGAGCUAUUUCGGAUUGUGGCCCAUCCUCUAAAUGAAAAAAUGUGGUCCGCUGUAUUUGGUGGAGGUGCACAUGUUCCUAGCAAAGAACAGACACAUUCAAAAACUUUACCUGGAAGGCACUUUGCUAUGCCUAGCCCCCACCAGGUAGUGGUAUUCUCCAUGGAAUGUGUGGGCUUUUCCAAAGCUCUUUCAGCCAUCAGUUCUCAUAGCCCUCCCAGUCUUGCAGUUUCUUCACUAGUUGAAGAAGGAGAAAAACAGAACAAACGUUUUAGAUCAUCAAAAAUGUCUUGCAGAGAAUCUGCCCCACUGACCCCUUCCUCAGCACCAGUAAGCCAGGAGUCACUGGCAGUUAAAGAAAAGUUCAUCCCACCCGAGCUCAGCAUCUGGGACUAUUUCAUAGCUAAGCCUUUUCUACCCCCUUCUCAAAGUAGACCUGAAUAUGAUUCAGAGGAGAGUCUGGGAAGUGAUGAUGAUGAUGAUGAUGAUGAUGAUGUUUUAGCAUCAGAUUUCCAUCUCCAGGAGCAUUCUAAUUCAAAUUCAUAUAGUUGGUCCUUGAUGCGGUUGGCAAUGGUGCAAUUGGUGCUCAACAAUUUGAAGACUUUUUAUCCCUUUGCAGGUCAUGAUCUUGCAGAGCUUCCAGUUAGUUCACCUCUUUGUCAUGCGGUUCUAAAAACCCUUCAAUGUUGGGAACAAGUUCUUCUCCGACGACUUGAAAUCCAUGGUGGGCCACCUCAAAAUUAUAUCGCAAGUCAUACCUCUGAAGAGAGUUUGUCUGCAGGUCCUGCAAUUCUUCGCCACAAAGCUUUACUGGAACCUACGAACACUCCUUUCAAAUCCAAACACCAUCUGGCACUGUCUGUGAAGAGGCUUUGGCAGUAUUUGGUGAAGCAGGAAGAAAUUCAGGAAACCUUUAUCAAAAAUAUAUUCACAAAGAAACGGUGUCUAAAUGAGUCAUUAGAGGACAACAGUGAAACCAUCAAAAAUUCUAUGAUGGAGGAGCCAAACAUCAAUAAGAUAGAAGCAGAUUUGGGAUAUCCUGGAGGUAAAGCAAGAAUUAUUCAUAAGGAAUCUGAUAUCAUUACUGCGUUUGCUGUUAAUAAGGCAAAUAGAAACUGCAUAGCAAUCGCUUCCAGUCAUGAUGUUCAAGAACUGGAUGUUUCUGGAAUUCUGGCCACACAGAUCUACACUUGGGUAGAUGAUGAUAUAGAAGUGGAAACCAAAGGAUCAGAAGACUUCUUGGUUAUACAUGCUCGUGAUGAUUUAACAGCUGUUCAAGGUACAACUCCAUAUACACAUAGCAAUCCUGGCACUCCAAUCAAUAUGCCGUGGCUUGGUAGUACACAGACUGGGAGAGGAGCAUCUGUGAUGAUUAAGAAAGCCAUUAAUAAUGUUAGAAGAAUGACUUCUCAUCCAACUCUUCCUUACUAUCUGACAGGCGCUCAAGAUGGAAGUGUAAGAAUGUUUGAAUGGGGCCAUUCUCAAGAGAUAACCUGUUUUCGAUCUGGUGGCAAUUCAAGAGUUACAAGAAUGAGAUUUAACUAUCAGGGAAAUAAGUUUGGAAUAGUUGAUGCUGAUGGAUAUUUAAGUCUGUAUCAAACAAACUGGAAAUGUUGUCCAGUUACUGGAAGCAUGCCUAAGCCAUACCUGACUUGGCAGUGUCAUAACAAAACAGCCAAUGAUUUUGUCUUCGUUAGUUCCUCCUCUCUGAUAGCUACAGCUGGUCUUUCAACUGACAAUAGAAACGUAUGUUUGUGGGAUACUCUUGUAGCACCUGCCAAUAGUUUAGUCCAUGCUUUUACCUGCCAUGACAGUGGAGCCACAGUUUUAGCAUAUGCUCCAAAACAUCAGCUACUAAUAUCAGGUGGCAGAAAAGGUUUUACAUAUGCAUUUGACCUUUGUCAACGACAACAGAGGCAGCUUUUCCAGAGCCAUGAUUCUCCUGUUAAAGCCAUUGCUGUUGAUCCAACUGAAGAGUACUUUGUUACAGGAUCUGCCGAAGGCAAUAUAAAGAUUUGGAGUCUCUCUACCUUUGGUCUUCUCCAUACUUUUGUCAGUGAACAUGCUCGGCAGUCCAUUUUUAGGAAUAUUGGAACUGGAGUGAUGCAAAUUGAGACAGGGCCCGCAAAUCACAUUUUCUCCUGUGGAGCUGAUGGAACAAUGAAAAUGAGAAUACUGCCAGAUCAGUUUAGCCCUUUAAAUGAAGUGUUGAAAAAUGAUGUGAAAUUUAUGCUAUAACAUUUUUACAAUAAGAAGUACAAUUUAUUACCUACAUGGAAGUAGUCACCAGAUGUAAUAUACAGUGAUCAUUCUCUAUGCCACAAAUUAGCUAAUGCUUUCUUGUUUUUAUAUUUAUUUUAUGGAGCUUUGCCCUUGAUGCACUGAUGCCUUAAAAAUUAACAAGGUCAUUCAGAAGUAGAUUACAUUGCCUAAAGUAGAAUGUGUAAGUAAUGCUGUAAUAAUACAUAUCAUAGUAUAUUAUAAUCAGUAUGUCAUAGUGUUAAAGGUGUUUUGUUUUCUUAUUGAUACUCUUCCACAGGCAUCUCUGCAUGAAUUUCUUCCACAGUAAAAAUACCUUUUUUGAAAAGGCAGUUGUACAUAAUACUUAUCCCUUAAUUCACCACACUCUCACUUCCUUUAUUAGCCUUAUACAUCUCACACUCUUCUUAAUGAUAGACAUUUGAGUAAGAAUGAAAAAAAUAAUGAACAUCUUCAUUAAAAUUGUCAUUGAGAUGUCAGUGAUAAAUGAGCCAGAUGGCUCAUUAUGUAAGGUUUUCAUCAGUUUCCCCUCUGGAGCCCAAGUUAUAUGUAUGUAUACUGUGUGUGUGUGUUUGUAUCUUACAUAUCUUAUUUGAACUUAGUUGUACAUAUUAGCGAAAACUGGUUUUUCAUGUGUUUUUGUGCCAUAACAACUACGGCCACUAGAAUAACUUUUUUUUUGCAACUGUGCUUUCCAUUUUUAAAAAAUUUUUGGAUUCCCAUCCUAAUUUUCAAAUAAGUUUCAAGGAGACUUUCAGGAUUAUUGUUUUAAAGAUUAGAUUUAGUCAAAUAAGUCUUAGCAGGCAAUAAAGUUUCUGUGGUGGCAUAUAUCAUAUAAGACACUUAAAGUAAGUUUGUGAAUUUGUCAACUUUUGGAGCAUCAAACAUAUCUUACUUAAAUUUUAUUUUAUCUUAUUUUUAGGUGCUUUUAAUCUCAAAAUUCUGAAAAGCUUAUAGCAGUGUUUUCAGAAACAAAUGUGAAAACAGUCAAAUUAAGUAGACACUGUUUAGAAAUGUAAAAUACUCUCCAGAUCUACCAUUAAUAGAAAAUAAACUAAACCUUAUAUUUUAUUUUUGCCAAAAUAUUUUAUUAUAAAGUAUGACCAAAAUAUUUAAAAUGCACAAUGCUUUUAACUUAAAUGCGCUAACCCUGUUUCUGUCUGUUUUGUGCUGUACCUUUUCUGAUUCAGAAUUAUAGAAAACUUGAUAAAUACUUGAUUUUAACCAAUGAGACUACAGGCAGAUGAGACUAAGUGUUUAUGGGACAAUUAUAUACUAUUUAACUUAAAUAUAUUUUGUUUAAUAGGAAAUAUAUAAUAAGAGCAUUUUAUGUAAUAAAAUAUGGGCAAUGAUUAUCUUGGAAAUUAAAGAGUCAAAGCAAAGAAAUGAAGGGCUGAUAAAAUGAAUUUUGUAAUAUCCUUAGGAUACUUUUAUCUUAAAAGUAUGUUUGUAAAUUGUAUUUCAACAAUUUUAAAUGUGUUGAGCAAGUUGCAGUGAAAACACUGUCAUUAUGUAGAGAGUUUAUAUGCACAUAAUAACCUGUACCUAUAAGUUGUGCAAUAACCAUACGUGACUAUUUUGCCAUGGAGAAAUCUGACAGCAUUGCAAACAAUAAUAUUGUUUGAUGUAGUUAACCCUAAGUUAUUUUUCAGCAAUUUCUUCACAAAUCAAGAUUCAAACAGCUUUAAAUACUUUCAAUGAGAUAAAAUAUUUACUAUUAUGCUUAUUAGAACAAAAGGUGUUAAGGAUGAACUAAAUAUUUUAAUUGAGCGUUUAUAUGGAUAAUCAUACAUUAUGUAAGCCCAUAUGUAUUUACAUCCAGAGUCAUAAUAUUUUAAAUAAACAAUCAUGCAGAAACUUU